CCUCUAAUUAACAUCCCACGACCCACACCAUUCAACUUCCUUUGUUCUUUCUUUUUCGGCCCACCAACCCUUUUUCUAUUUUUUCUGCAUCUUCAACUUUCAAAUCUCACUCACCCACCCACUCUUUUGCCAUUCUUUCUCCAUCAAAAUCAAUUCUUUUACGAAUUGGGAUUAUUUUCUAAGAUAAAGGGGUUGUUUUUGUUUCACAAUUUGUUUGAUUGAAAUCAAAUCCAAUGGGUGAUCAAAAAAAGGUCUUCACUUUAGCUGAGGUUUCUGAACAUAGCAAUCCUAAGGAUUGUUGGCUUGUUAUUAGCGGAAAGGUAUAUAACGUGACCAAGUUCUUGGAAGACCAUCCUGGUGGUGAUGAGGUUCUGUUGUCUGCCACAGGAAAAGAUGCAACCGAUGAUUUUGAAGAUGUGGGUCACAGCAGCACUGCCAGAGCUAUGAUGGACGAGAUGUAUGUGGGUGACAUUGAUACUGCUACUAUUCCUACCAAGGUCAAAUACACACCACCAAAACAACCACAAUACAACCAUGAUAAGACUCCGGAGUUCAUUAUCAAGAUCCUUCAGUUCCUAGUCCCCCUCCUAAUCUUGGGUUUUGCUGUUGCCAUGCGCUUUUACACCAAGCAAUCAGCUGAAUAACUUUAAGGUGGCCAUCUCCUGAGAAAACAAAAAUGAUCGUCGAUAAGAAUGUAGUAUUUAUGGAGCCACUCCCUACCAAUUAGAAAAUUCCCAGGACAGGGAUCUGUAGGAUAUGUGCCUAAUUUCUUCAGCUUCUUUUUGGUUAUUUGGUGUUUUUACUACCUUCUUUUCUUCUUCCCCUCGCCCCCCCCCCAACCAAUUUUUCUGUGUGAUUUUGAAAUUACAAGCGAUUUGUACUCCGGAACUCACUGCCAUUCCUUUGGAAUUCUAAACUUCAAACCUUUCUAAACAUUCUCUUCAUAUUAGAUUUGUCACUGCUCUUUAUUGCAGCAUUUUGAUUUA